AUGGAUACCUUUAUGUGUUGUUGCGCUCCAUGCAAACCACGGUAUCGACGACUCGUCGACGCCAUUUAUCCGAGGUGCUCGUUAACUGAAGGCUUGAUCAAUUCGAAUAUGCAAAAGCUAACAUUUUAUGCAAUAUCAAGACCCGAAAAGUUGGAUAGAAUUGGUGGAUACAUUGUUUCGCGGUUGUCCAGAGAUCUAUAUCACCAAAAAUAUAACCAAGUUAAGAUAUCCAUAGAAGCGAUGGAUCAACUUCUGCAGAGUUGUCACGAUUUAUCGAGUCUAAAUAAGUUCAUCGAACACUUCCUCAAAAUGCUGCAGAAGUUGUUGGAAACGAAUCAUUUCCAAAUGGAGAAACUGGCUACAGAUUCAUUUGUGAAUUUCGCAAACAUCGAAGAAAACACUCCUGCUUAUCAUCGGGAAUACGACUUCUUUAUUUCUAAAUUUGCAUCAAUGUGUUAUGCAAAUAAUAGCGAAACUUCAAAAGAUGCGCGGUAUGCAGGUUUACGUGGCUUAAGAGGUGUUAUGUGGAAGUUAACAACCGAUCCAUUGCAAACUAGUAUAUGGGAAAGGCAAUAUAUGGACAAAAUCAUUCCUUCGAUUCUUUUUAAUCUUCAAGAAGAGGAUUAUGAAGAGUCAAGGGAAAAACGGAAUAAUCACUUCUCAGUAAUUGACCAGCCCUAUGCAGUGGAUGGCGUAGCGGAAAACCCGAAAGCGCUUGCUGAUCAGUUCCUACGAGAAUUGAUGGCAAAAGCACCUUUUGGUUUGGUUUCUGUUCUGGACCCGGUUCUGAAACACUGUGAUUUACAUACGAAGUGGGAGCCUCCACCUAUAUUCGCGGUUUACACAUUCCGUGCAAUUAUGUAUAGCGUGAAAGACCCGAGUUUUGUCAUCCAAGCUUUAAUAACUCAUUUGGAGAAUAUGUCAAAUUCGAAUGCAUCUGUACGCAUUGGUAUUGCAAUGGUUUUAUCAAGUAUUGUUUCCAUUGCCGGUACCAGUAUCGGACCAUCUUUAAUAGGUAUAUUCAAUUCUUUACUGAAACAUCUACGUCGAUCUGUUGAAUUUCAACAAACCGUAGAAUGCCCAUCAAUUGAUCAAGAAAAAAUAUACCAAGAAUCUUUAAUUAAUGCUAUGGGUGACUAUGCAUAUGCAUUACCUGAUUACCAGAAGGUCGAAAUUAUGCUUUUUAUAUCCGCUAACAUACCAAAUCUUGGAAAAGACAAUCAGUCACUAAAACCUAGUGAUACUUUCUUGCAGCAUAUACUUGUAAAAACACUUUUAAAGGUGGCAACGAAAUAUCGAACAGGUUUCAUGUCAACGAUAUUUAGCAAUAAUUUCCCAAACACACUACUGCGAUUAGCUUUGACUGGUGAUCCUGUCGUUCGUUUAGAUACGCAGUGCAUUUUCCAUACCUUACUUGACAGGCAUGAUAAUUUGUCAGUGUUACGGCACUUACCUUACGUCAACGAUGUCACUGAUUUGCAGUUAACCUUUGAAAAAUGUAGUCGGUCGGAUGAAAUGAUUAUGCGAAACUAUGCGCCGCAUUUACUUAAUGCUCUUCAUAAAUGUGUUUGGAUGGUGCCGGAAGAUGAGACACAAAGAGAACAUAUGGAUGCAAUCCUUUGCACGAUGGCUUUAUUAUGCAUUGAAGUUGGUUUUGACGAAAUGUUGAUACAGUUAUUCCGGUUGUCUUUUGCUCUACAAUCAAUGGCACUGGAAUCGUCAUUUCGUUUUAAUGGUGCAAAGCGUAUAGCUAUUCAUAAUUUGGUGGCAAAAUAUCUUAACUUCAGCAGUCAGCUUAUGGCCAUACCAUCUCUUUGUCAACAUGUUCAACAGAUUGUAAAGCAACGGGCGUUACGAGCCCACCCGUUGCUAAAUCUUUUGUCGGAAUUCCAGUCUGACAAAAAAAGUCCUAAAAAGGCUCCACUUGCAAGUGAUGACGAUGAAGAACAAGCGGCGCUUUGUCUUGAAGAGGAUGCAACAAUUCUUUUCGAUAUCGAUGACGUCAGCGAAAUGCUUAAGGCUACCGGUAAGGAUGUGAAGAACUUGACAGUAGCAUUUGUUUCAAAAGGCGUAGCACUAGCGUCAUCAAUAUCUGGUGACAUGGAAGUAAAUAGAGAUUGGCCAUUCAUAGAAGCCGAAAAAAUGAAUAAUGUUGAUGGAAUAGAUAAUAGUGGAAUUGAUGAAAACACAGUCUCCGUUGAUAUGAGCAUUGAUUGGAGUCCAUCUGAAUCUAUACAGACUUCUCGAAAAAAUACAAUCUUUUCACCAGCACGAGAAAAAUCUGAUCUUCCUCCGACGACUGUUAGUGAAUUGCGCAAGAGAACGAAUACGUUAAUUGACCAGAGUGAAGAAGAAAAAAAAGAACAGAAACGGACACAAAGGAUUCUGGAUAAGUUUCGCACUCAGGACUUCAAUCAACUUGUAGAAGAAAUGCAUCAGGAACGUGAAGAAGUUGACUUAUCGCGAACUGUGAAACGAUUACUUCAACGAAAUGACGAUGCAAAUCGUAUGAAUGAAUAUGGAUGUUACAAUAAACCGAAAAGUAUUUUCGAACUCAAAUUACCUGAAUCGUAUGUUUUUUAA